AUUUUCGAAAAAUACAAUCUUUUAUGUUUUGGGUGUCACAAAAUGGAUUACUUCUAUUCUAUAUCAGGCCUGCCAAGUAUGAUGGCGAUUUAAAUAUAAGAUUGCCUGCUAUGUGUAUUUCUCCACUAAGCACAAGCAGCCGCAGCACUUUGUAUAGGUCCUUGCCUUAGUUGUCUCUCACUGCCUAAACCAUGCUUUCUUCAACAAGGAAGACCAUGGCAAUGGCUGCUCUUAUUUUUCAUCUUUUCAUUCACAAGGAGGUCGACUCCUUUCAUGCUCAUUCUGACAAGAUUAUUAGUCUUCCAGGGCAGCCCCCUGUGGAGUUUCAUCAGUUUUCAGGUUAUAUUCAUGUAGAUGACCAAAAGCACAGAGCACUGUUUUACUACUUCGUUGAAGCAGAAAUUGACCCUGCUUCCAAGCCUUUGGUUCUCUGGCUGAAUGGAGGGCCUGGUUGUUCUUCCCUAGGAGUUGGGGCAUUCUCAGAAAAUGGACCAUUUAGGCCAAACGGGGAGGUUUUAGAGAAAAAUGAAUAUAGCUGGAACCGAGUAGCAAACAUGCUGUACUUAGAGACGCCCGCAGGAGUUGGGUUCUCUUAUGCUAAUGGUACCGCUUCUCAUGGGGCAAUGGAUGAUAAAGCCACAGCAAAAGACAAUCUCAUAUUCUUGCAAAGGUGGUUCAAUCAGUUCCCUCAUUACAAGCAUAGAGAUCUAUUUCUAACAGGGGAAAGCUAUGCAGUUAUACCAGGUCAUUACAUUCCUCAGCUGGCAAGGCUUAUGACUGAAUUGGACAGGAAGGAGAAGUUAUUUAAUCUGAAGGGAAUUGCACUAGGGAAUCCGGUUUUAGAGUAUGCGACAGACUUCAAUUCAAGGGCAGAAUUCUUUUGGUCACAUGGAUUAAUAUCAGACUCCACUUACAGAUUGUUCACUGCUGCUUGUAACUAUUCCCGAUAUGUUAGUGAGUACUACAGAGACUCAGUCUCGGGGGUUUGUUUGCACGUGAUGACCCAAGUCAACAGAGAAACCAGUAAAUUCGUGGACAAAUAUGACGUUACUCUUGAUGUCUGUAUUCCUUCAGUGCUCUCGCAGAUUAAGUAUUUAAGCCCACAGCAUGUGCGAGAGAGGAUAGAUGUUUGCAUUGAAGAUGAAACUGUUAAAUAUCUGAACCGAGAGGAUGUGAGAAAGGCUCUUCAUGCCCGUCUUGUCGGAGUGCACAAGUGGGCUGUUUGCAGCGAAGUUCUGGACUAUGAGCUUCUCAACCUGGAAAUUCCAACCAUCUCCAUUGUUGGGUCACUUGUCAAAGCGGGCAUACGAAUCUUGAUUUACAGUGGAGAUCAGGAUUCGGUAAUUCCAUUGAUGGGUAGUCGCUUGCUGGUUCAUAGGUUGGCAACAGAGCUGGGUCUUAACACUAGUGUUCCAUACGGUGCCUGGUUCCAGGGAAAGCAGGUAAGUCUGCUAUUUGUCCUCAUUUCGAAUUCCACAAUUCAAUUGAGCAUUUUUCUCUCUCUCUCCCUCUCUCUCUCUCUCUCUCUCAGGUCGCAGGUUGGACCCAAGUUUAUGGCAAUAUCCUUUCGUUUGCAACCAUUCGAGGUGCCUCUCAUGAAGCUCCAUUCUCUCAACCUCAACGGUCACUUAUACUAUUCAAGUCGUUUCUGGAUAACAGGCCUCCACCACAUGUUCUGUGAUGCAGAUUUAAUGUAUAAGUGAAAACCUCAUACAUGCUUGGCAAUGAAAAACUACCAAUUUGCAAUUCACUACUUACUCUUUAACUCUGAUUCCUCUACAUAAAAUGUUGACAAUGUGCUAAAUUAACUGAUACUUGGAAGCUACAAUAUCCAAAUCGCAUAAGGUCAAAAGUUCACUCCUCGGAUGCCUCGCUAACCAAGUAACCAUCCUUAAAAGCACAUUUCCUGGUUCUCCACCUUCAACAGUUUUACAUAACCUCCUACAUUCAGUACAACUGUUGAGGGCAGUCUGUCACGCCCCACAAAAAGUCCCUAAAAUUUUCACAAAAAGUUUCCUAGCAUCAAUCAAGGGGAGCCUUGGAGCCCUGUAAAGUCCAAAAGGAGGCAGGCUUUGACACGCACGCGCCCAAUGCCAAGCGUGCACCCCAGUCGCCUCGCACGUGGGUCCCAAGCACGCACGCCUCUGCUGGACGCCAUCCACACGGCCCUAUCAAUGUGCACACGUGGCCAUGUGCACAUGUUCACCCGAUGCUCAGCAAAUGUCCUAGACGUCUCGCCCAUAUCCUAGGCGAGCCUGGAAGCUUCUAGAGAACGCUGGACAGUACCAGUGCCCACACCAAGAGCCCAGACGGCCCGAGACAGGCCUGGAAGACCAUAGAUGGAGCUAGGGCACGUGAGAAGGGUCUAGACAGUGCUAGCGAUCACUAGACAGACCCAGACACGUCUGGAAAGCUCUAGAUAGACCCAGACACCUCUAGAAGACUCUAGAACGUGUUGGAUGAGUCUGGACAAGGCAGUGAUGGUCAAGGAUGGGAAGAUGCUGAAAGAGUCCGAAAAUGUUUAGAACACUCUAAAAGGCCUAGUAUGUACUUAGAUGCUUGUAAAAAGGCUUAGUAUGGCCCAAGACAUGUCAAAAGGGCUCUAGAAAGAGCCACAACUAACCUCCCUAUGUCGGUUUAAGGCCCUAGGUCAAUGAGGGCACCCUUAUAAAUAGCCCAUUUGUACAAUCAUCGGUUGUAAGCUCAAGCAAUACAACAUCCAUUCUUCCAAACUCUCGUGCCUACUCUUUCCUUGUCCUUUACAAUUUUUCUCGUGCCAUAGCAUAAUUAAAACCUCUUUAAGGCUUACUUGGAGUGUCUUAGCUACUGAGUUCACCCAAGUGCAGCACGAUUGGUUGUUGCAAACAAUAACCACGUGACAGGUGGUAUCAGAGCAACAGUUUUGAGACCUAGGUACCUCUUCACACCCUUGUUGCGCAUGUGGCAACUAAGGAAUCACCAAUUGAACACGUCAUCGAGAGCCCCAUCACUCGAGGACGUAAGGAACAUCACUCCUCAACCAAGUGCUCAAAAUCAAAAGGUCCGACAAUAAGAGAGCACGGUGAUGCUUGCCUUACCAACCUUGAGCAAGGUUUGAAAGAUGUUUAGCUCACUGUUGGUAGGCUAAGCGACAAUUAUGAUGGGUUAGUCCAAGAGAAUGCUAAGAACACCUCGGCAGCCCAAGAUAUGAUCGAGGAGCUUGGACAAACAUUCAAGAGGGAGAUCAGCGCCCUAACAACCAAGGUGGCUGACUUUCGAAAGUUCGUCGAAGGUAAGAUCAACAAACUUUACACUGAAAUAAAUAAUGUUCGAGCCGAAUAUAGGGCACCUUGAAAUGCUAGUGGCCUAACCUCCACUAGCAAUACUCCCGCUGCAUCCAGUGCAUCCGGCCUUAAGGUGCCCAAGUCGGACACCUAUAAUGGCACUCCUAAUGCCGCGAUGGUAAAAAAUUUCUUGCGUGGGCUCGAGCAAUACUUUGAAGUUCUAGGGGUGUUUGAUGAUAAUGCACGAAUAAGCAACGCACCGACGUUCCUAUGUGAUGCUGCCCAAUUAUGGUGGCGAAGGAAACAUGCUGAACAUGAAUGAGGGUUAUGUAAUAUCAGUACGUGGGAACAAUUCAAAAUGGAGCUUUGAAAGCACUUUGUCCCUCAUAAUGCCGAUGUGGAGGUACGGGGCAAAUCGAGACGACUAAGGCACACCGGUAGCAUCCUUGACUAUGUCAAGGAGUUUACCACCCUCAUGCUUGAGAUAGACGAUCUUUCUGAAAAGGAUGCCCUCAUCCACUUUAACGAUGGCUUGAAGGAUUGGGCUAGGGUAGAGCUGGAUAGGAGAAAUGUCCAGACACUUGACGAUACUAUUGCUAAGUGCUUGUUGAUUACUCCUCUCAAAGCAAUGGGAAGAAUCCUAGUCCAAGUAAAAGUGAGGGAAACAAGGCACACCAACGAAAAGAUCAUCACAAGAAGGAUGGGGAGAGCUCAAAGGCCUUCCACAAGCAUAAGAAGCCCCACAAUGGGAAUAAAGGUCGGUCCUCUAAACCUCCUAAACCAUGCUUUAUUUGUGAUGGGCCCCAUCGAACAAGAGAUUGUCCAAAUCGAAAAGCUAUGAAUGCCCUCGUGGCUAAGCUUAACAAAAGAAAUUAAGAUGCGAGGGAGUCUGAAGCCAUAAUGGGGUCGCUCCAACAACUGGCUACCCUUCCAAAGAGCCUUUCCUAAAACGAAGGAAAAGAUAGUGGUCUACUCUAUGCCGAUGCAUCAUUGAAUUAGAAGGCUGUGACGAACAUGCUCGAUACUGGUGCCACACAUAAUUUCAUGGAUGAACAAGAGACUUGGCCUGAGCUUCAAAAAAGAACAUGGAACCAUCAAGACUGUCAACUCGGGAGCCAAGCCUAUAAGGGGCAUAGCCAAGAACGUCCUAGCCAAGGUCGGUGACUAGCAAGGUACGCUAGACUUUACUGUUGUGCCCAUGGAUGACUUCAAAAUAGUCCUUGGUCUAGCAUUCUUUCAUAGUGCCUUGGCCUUUCCUAUUCCUUUCUCGAAGUCCCUGGUAAUAUUAGAUGAACAUAUGUUCCGAGUGGUCCCCUUGAGGAGUAAGGAGAGAUCCGCCAAUAUGAUCUUUGGCUUACAAUUCAAAAGAGGGAUCUCAAAGAGUCAAAACUACAUGAUAGCUUCGGCAAGGGACCUUCGAGAUGAGGAAGAAGAAAGCCCGAGCCAACCUCCUGUGUCGACAUGCAUAUAAGAAGUCCUUGAUGAAUACAAGGAUGUAAUGCCCACCGAGCUGCCCAAGAAAUUGCCACAAGACAUGAGGUAAACCACGAGAUAGAGUUGGAGCCAGGCACAAGGCCUCCAGCCAUGGACCCCUAUUGCAUGGCCCCACCAGAGCUUGAGGAGUUGAAGAAACAGUUAAAAGAUUUACUUGAUGCAGGUUAUAUUCAACCCUCAAAAGCACCCUAUGGUGCCCCGGUGCUCUUUCAAAAGAAGAAAGAUGGUUCCUAUGUAUCGAUUAUAGGCACUCAACAAGAUCACUGUCAAGAACAAAUACCCAAUACCCUUGAUAGUAGAUCUCUUUGACCAACUUGAUAAGGCUCGGUACUUCAGCAAGAUAGACCUACGGUCAAGAUACUACCAGGUGAAGAUCAAAGUGGGAGACGAAGCCAAGACCACGUGCAUGACACGGUACGAUGCCUAUGAGUUCCUAGUCAUGCCAUUUGGUCUGAUCAAUGCGCCAGCCACCUUCUGCACACUUAUGAACAAGUUGUUCCACCCAUUCUUAGAUCGCUUCGUGGUGGUUUACUUGGAUGAUAUUGUGAUGUACAGUCAAACCCUUGAGGAACAUGUGCAGCACCUGAAACAGGUCUUCCAUGUACUCCGCGACAACAAGCUAUACAUCAAUAGGGAAAAAUGUCCAUUUGCUCAGCUGGGGGUGGAAUUUCUUGGACAUUGGAUAAAAGAUGGGAAGCUGAUGAUGGACAUAGCCAAGGUACGUGCCAUACAAGAAUGGAAACCUCCUACUAAGAUACCUGAGUUGCAUUCCUUUUUGGGCUUUGUAAAUUACUAUAGACGGUUCAUCAAGGGUUAUUCGAUCAUAACUGCCCCCCCUUACCAAUCUGUUGAAAAAGAAUCAACCUUGGGAUCAGUCAAGAAGAGUGCCAAAAAGUCUCUGAAUACCUCAGAGAAGCUGUUUCAUAGGAACUAGUCAUGAUACUUCCAGACUACUCCAAACCCUUUGAGGUGCAUACUGAUGCAUCUGACUAUGCCAUUGGUGUCGUAUUAAUGCAAGAAGGGCACUUAGUUGCAUAUGAAAGUCACAAGCUGAAUGAGAUAGAGCGGCGCUAUACUGUCCAAGAGAAAGAGAUGACGUCCAAGAGAAGGAGAUGACGGCUAUCAUUCAUUGCUUGUGAACUUGGAGGCACUAUCUACUUGGAUGUCAAUUCACUGUGUUGACCGAUAACAUUGCCACAAGGCACAAGCUACUUUCAAAUACAAAAGAAAUUGACACCAAAACGGGCUCGAUGGUAAGACUUCUUGGCAGAAUUUGACUACAAGCUUAAGUAUAAACUAGGACGGGCCAACGUAGUAGCUGAUGCACUCAGCUGUAAAGCUGAGCUUGCUCCUCUUACCAGCAUGCCCACAACCAACUUCCUUGAUAGAAUCAAGGAAGGGAUGGAUCGAGAUGCCAUGGCUAAAAGCCUACUCAGACUGCUGUAGUAAUGGAGUUUGAAAAGAAGAUUGAUGAAAUAUUGGUAGAUCGGAAGAUAAGAAAGAGAGGAGUCCCAAGUUAGACAUAAUACUUGGUGAAAUGGCAGGGCUUGCCAGAGAGCGAAGCUAGCUGGGAACGAGAAGACUUGUUGUGGCAAUUCGAGGAUGACAUCAGGAGAUAUCGGGAGAAUAGUGCAAUGGGAACAUUGCGAAAUUAAGUGGGGGAAGGUGUCACGCCCCGCAAGAAGUCCCUAAAAUUUUCACAAAAAGCUCCCUAGCAUUAGCCAAGGGGGAGCCUUGGGGCACCGUAAAGUCCAAGAGGAACGCAGGCUUUGACACGCACGCAUGCCAUGCCAGGUGCGCACCCCAGUCGCCUCGUGCAGAGGUCCCUGCACGUGUGGCCCUAUCAAUGGCGCGCGCGUUCGCUCGAUGCUCAGCGAAUGUCCUAGACGUCUCGCCAUGUCCUAGGCAAGCCUAGAAGCUUCUAGAGAACGUUGGACAGUACCAGCGCCCAUGCCAAGCACCCAGACGGCCUGAGACAAGCCUGGAAGGCCAUAGAUGGAGCUGGUGCACGCGAGAAGGGUCUAGACAGAGCUAGCGAUCGUUAGACAGACCCGGACACGUCUAGAAAGCUCUAGACAGACCCGAACACCUAUGGAAGAGUCUAGAACAUGUUGGAUGAGUCUGGACAAGGCAGUGACGGUCAAGGAUGGGAAGGUGCUGGGAGAGUCCGAAAAUGUCUGGAACACUCUAAAAGGCCCUAAUAUGUACUUAGAUGCUUGUAGAAAGGCUUAGUAUGGCCCAAGAAAUGUCGAGAAGGCUCUAGAAAGAGCCACAACCGAGCUCCCUAGGUCGGUGGGGAGGCCCCAUUUGUACAAUCAUCGAUUGUAAGCUCAAGCAAUAUAACAUCCAUUCUCCCAAACUCUCGUGCCUACUCUUUCCUUGUCCCUUUCAAUUUCUCUCGUGCCAUAGCAUAAUUAAAACCUCUUUUAGGCUUACUUGGAGUGUCUUAGCUACUGAGUUCACCCAAAUGCCACACGAUUGGUUGUUGCAAACAAUAACCACGUGACAGGUCGCUUAGAAAUGUGUCUAACACUUAUGGCUGAAUAACCGAACCUAAAAGCACAUCAGUCCAUGAAAGAACUAGUUAAACAAAAUCUUCCAAAAUAUAACCAUCCCAAAGUCAGUCUACCCCAAAGCCACAUCCAGAGGUCCAUAAAUUAGGUAAGGCACACGGCUAUUACACUGGGUGCAAAGAAGCAUAAUCAAUAAAUAAUUGAAUAUAUAUAUAUAUCAUAUAAUAUUGCAAAGCUUAAACAAAUGAUGCUAAGCCCCGGUCAUUGAUAGUGGAUAGUGGAUGGAAAAAAUACAUAUAAUAUUUAAAUCAAUAUAAAACAGCCUCGUGAAGAAAAUGAGCUAACAAAUGAUGCUAAGCCCCGGUCAUUGAGCAAGCCACUCGAUCUAGAAGACGCUAUUCAGGUACAAG